GAUUCCCAACACAAUCUGUUCUUUUCCCUCCAUCUUCCAGAAAGCUCGUCACUUACGUAUCAAAACUAAACAAACGUUCAUCAAACGACUACUCGUACCAAGUACAACUCACUUCCAACAAUUGGAAGUCAUGUAAUCCUCAGCAUGGACAUUAUCCGCUUCGCGGAUCAAGGUAUCGCAUCAAUUGUAACAACUUGAAAAAUAUCGAAAAUGGCACCACCAUCAGCAUUGUUUACCGGAGAAACGUCUCCCGUCGACGGAGUUCAAUUGAAAUCAGCCUUCGACGUCAAAGUCGGAUCCUCGCAGGCAGCUACUCAAGGCAAGACGCUUGCUGACCUUGCUGAGAAAUGGGACCAAGGAUUUACGUUUGCUCCUAUUCGUGAAUCUCAAGUCUCGCGUGCCAUGACCCGCCGCUACUUCAAUGAUCUCGAUACAUAUGCAGAGUCUGAUAUCGUCAUUGUCGGUGCUGGAUCCUGUGGUCUCAGUACCGCCUACAUGCUAGGCAAGGCUCGUCCCGAUCUUAAGAUUGCCGUCAUUGAGGCUUCUGUAUCUCCAGGUGGAGGCGCAUGGUUGGGCGGACAACUCUUCAGCGCUAUGGUUAUGCGAAAGCCUGCUGAUGCCUUCUUGACUGAUCUUGGUGUUCCUUUUGAAGAUGAAGGAGACUUUGUUGUGGUCAAGCACGCUGCUUUAUUCACAUCAACUCUUUUAUCCAAGGUUCUUGCUUUCCCGAACAUCAAGCUUUUCAACGCGACCGCCGUUGAGGAUCUCAUCACACGUCAAACUCCCGACGGCAGCAUCAGAAUUGCAGGAGUGGUGACAAACUGGACACUUGUCACAAUGCACCAUGACGACCAGAGUUGCAUGGAUCCAAACACAAUCAACGCUCCUAUUGUCAUCUCUACCACUGGACAUGAUGGCCCAUUUGGCGCGUUCUGUGUCAAGCGUUUGGUUUCAAUGAAUCAGAUCGAGAAACUCGGUGGUAUGAGGGGGCUCGAUAUGAAUGUCGCUGAAGACGCUAUCGUCAAGAGAACUAGAGAAAUUGUUCCAGGUUUGAUUGUCGGUGGCAUGGAAUUGUCCGAGGUCGAUGGUGCAAACCGUAUGGGUCCCACCUUCGGUGCCAUGGCACUAUCUGGCGUGAAAGCCGCUGAGGAAGCUUUGAGGGUUUUCGAUGAACGUAAAGCACAAAAUGCCUACUAGGCGUAAGCACUGCGCUUGUCAAGGAGCAGCACGUGGCCCAGUCAAUACACGAAGACUGUCAAGGUACAUGAGAAGUAUACAAUAGCAAUACGAACAUGAUAUUUGCUUUGAACUCUUUGAAAUAUAUGUCAGAAAUGUGCUUGCAAUACAAUUCUUUGAGUUUCAGUUUCGAGGUCUCAGAGUUGUUUAUCGGAUAUUUAAUGUCUCGAAUAACCUCCGAACCGACACCAGGUUCUAGAUGAUGCCCAUCUUUUCUUCCUACCUGUUUACGCAGUAUAAUUCUCUGCCAUCUUCUUCCAUGGCUCUCUCAGUAUUUAUCUGUAAUCUUCAUUAUCAAAUGGGCUUAAAGAUUUGUGUUACUUCGGUUUCCGCUUCUUCAAAAUUUCUGCAAUAAACUUUCGGUCCCGAGAAUUAUGCUUGUUUUAGAUUUAGUCCACUAAUUCUCCUAGCCACAUACUAGGAUCUUAACCCAUUUCUCCCCUUUCACAUCCAAUCAUAAGAAUCGUCA